AAUCGUUUUAUGAGCUCUUUUUACAAAGGAAAGAAGAAACUCUCUCGCCUCCUUCUUUUCCUUUUUCAACUUUCUUCGCCGGGUUUUUUUUUAUGGUGGAUGCUUGGGUCAGAUUUGUUGCCUUUUAUGAUGACGGAUGCUUGGGUCAGAGGGAGAGCGAGGGGCCUCACACCUGGAGAGUGUUUGAACUGCUUGGGACGGAGGUGUCAGAGCCCCUGAAAAACCCCAGAGAACGUCGUUUGGGAGGCAGCUCAGAAGGGCUUUUAGGGUUUCAGAAAAUGCAGGCGGGCCUGGAGAGCUCCAGCAUGUGUGUGUGCAAGUAUGCGUGUUUUGGGACACGCACAUGUGGCCAGUGUGUUCUGUGACUUUGCUUGUCUACACUGGGGGCUUGUGUCCCCUAUGUCUGUUUACCGGGGAGAUGUCACUGCCGCCUCCUGGAAAAAUGGAAUGCAGUUCUUGGAUGGAAUGCCCCAGGCUUGGAGCUGGGUAUAGGUAGAUGUCUUCAUUUUCUUUCUUUCUUUUCGUUCUUUCUUUCUUUCUUGUGUCUAGCAUGGGAUUCUGGAUAGAUAUUUGCAACUCUGGAGCAGGAAACUGUUCCGUUUACAGGCAAGGUUCUUUGGUGCCAGAAUCUUCCUCUUCAUCUCUGCUCCCCCCUUCUUCCCCUCUGGAGGCUCAGUGCUCACUUUGGUUUCCUUUUCCUCUCUUGUUUUGGGGGUUCUGUUCCCCCUUUGUGGGGCCCUGCUUCUGAAGGCAAGGGAGCCAGCAGGCUCUGGCUCAGACCUGAAAAUGUGCUGGCCCUUUUACCCUGGGGCUCACUGAGGGUUAGGAGGCAGGAGGCUGGCAGGAGAGAGAGUUCAUGGAGAGGCCACGUUUUCUAGGCGAUUAGCUCAGUAUUAGAACCACAAAAUGACCUCGGAAGCCCCUUGACCUCUCUGAGACUGGACAGUGUGCUGCUCCUGGCUCCUGACUGCUGCCCAGGAGGGAAAGUCAGACCUCUGCCAGGAGGGCCCCUCCCGGGCUGUCCUGUGGCCGGCCUUCUGCAUCUCCCUCUGGCCCCCAACCCCUUCUUUGCUAUCUGGGAAUCUCUGGAUUGUUUUUCUGUGACUGUCCACUGGGAAGAAAAGGAGUAAAAAAUUUAGCUCAGGGGUACAGAUAGGGGAGGGAGGUGAGGUGCUGAUCUGGCCCUCGGUGUAGAGCUCCCUUCCCAGGCCAGGUUCUAACCGCUCCCCCCACCAUGUCCAACUCAUGCCUCCUUUCCUCCUUCUCUUGGAGGGAGCUGAGGGAGGAGAGACAAAGGGAGGUGAAAGGAGAGGUCCACAGGGCUUCACAGCGCCAAGGGAACAAGCUUCUGGGUUCUAAAGAGAGGGAAGCCCCCCCACCCCCGCCAGUCCCUUGGAGGCAACUUUCUCUCCAGGUCUCAGAUCCAAAUCCACAGCUUCUCAACCCACUUUCUGAAGUUCCUUUGUUUAGGAAGCUAAUCCUAGAGUCGCUUGUGCCCUCUUCCCCUAAUCCCCAGCCCCAUCCCAGCGACUCACAGAGGCCAUGGAUGCCUUCCCAGCAGAGGAGCAAGAGAAGUGGGAGAAGGGUCAGGACAGGCUGUUCUGCCCAUUUCCAGGAACAGCUCUGCCACAUUAACCAAAGUUUUAGCAACUUUUAAUUUUAAGAGAUGGGUGGAGAAUUUGCUAACAUGGAGCCUUUCCAAAUCUCUAUUCUACUCUGAUUCAAUUCUUAAAAUCCACACCAGCUGCCGUUAUUUUAGGAGGAGAUAGAGACAAAGAGAGACAGACAGACAGACAGACAGACUCCAGCUGGGAAGAGAGGAAAUAUUCCUUCAGUUAAAACUAGGAGAGACCGAACCUUGCUGGGAUGUGUGUCGGGUACUGAUUUGCAUUUUGUAAAUUGUCUCCUGUAACUUGGGGUCUCUAACUCAGGCAAGAAAUAGCUAGUAUCUGUUGGUACCAUCUCCUUUGUCCCUGAGUGGGGGAAUCCACGCAGGGGCUGGAGGUCUCAGGCAGGAGAGGGAAUGAGUAGAAAGGGGGUCAGGCCGCUCCUGGGCUGCAAACGUUUGGGGCGCAUGUCAGAUGUGCACCCAUUACUCAGAAGGGCAGAUAAGCUAUUGUGGGCCCUCUAGAGGCCCAGGUGAGGAAGCUGUAGCCACCUCGGACUUUAGGAGGUGCUCUCUGCCGUGUGAGGGGUCCAUUAAAGGGAAAGAGGAAGGAAACAAUGGAAGGGAAGAUUGGGGUUCAUUCAAGGGUUUCAACCACUGAGGCAAGAGCUUCGAGAUUUCCCUAUUCCCUCACUCCCAGACCCCCAGUCUUUUCAGGGCUGAGCACCUCCAGCAGGCUCCCCAGCUGGAUGGGCUCAUCUUCUAGAAUUCCAGCGGCACCCCUCAUCUUUGCCCUCUCUUCCCUUCAGGUUCUUGGGCCCUUGCCGCUGGCCUUCUACUUGCACCUCUGGGGACAGAGGGGCUGCCCCAGUCCUGCCCGAGUGCGAGCGAGCGAGCCGGGGCAGCAGCGCCGGUGGUGGGUCUCCCUGGGAAGAGUGGCACGCUGGGGAGGGGAGUCUGGUUGGAAAACAGAGUUGGGAAGUUUCCCAGCGUGAGUUGAGCGCUGACGGAUUUGUGAUCAGCCAUAAAACCGGAGCGUUCAGAUUCGUAAAUCAAUCUCGCCUUUCUCGCAGAAUGAACGUUCGCUUUAUCGGCAGCAAGAAAGCGCUCCACUCGCGCUCAGGCGCUUGUUUAUUUGAACAUGGACAUUCCCAGGAUCCGAAAAGAGGGUGGGCAUUUUAACAGAACCUGCCUGGCGUGCCUUCCUGUCAUUCUGCUGUUUUCUUGUCCUUAAAGACAAUUUCUCGGUUUCAAAGACAAUUUCUCGGUUUCAGAGAGUGCUGUCUUCCCAUGCUCCUGCUUAUUUCUUCCUUCCUUUCUCCCUCUCUAUCUCUCUCCGUCUCCCUCUUUUUUUUUUUUCUUUUUUUUCUUUCAGACUUUAGUGGACUGUGUUCCUAUAGGGGACCAUUUGUAAUAGAUCCGUGGCCAGGAUCUUGCAAGGAGCUGCCUGGGCAGGAGCCAGGCUAAGGGCCCACAUCGGGAGCAGGCUGAAUUCAAUACCAGUCUGUGUUUUGUAUCUGGACAAUCAAAGCCGACUACCCCCCCUACAGAGUGCGGCCCUGUUGGCGCCCCACCCGGGCGGGCGUCAGGAGCAGGGAUUCCGAGGAGAAGGCAGGGGUUGCUCAGCCACCCCAGCUGGAACUUACCGGGGCCGGCAGGCAGGGUGGCUGUUUCUUUGGGGGGUUGGUAAGGCAUCUGGGUCCUCAGCCACCUCCCCAGUGAGUUGGUUUUGGUUCGGACCUUUCCAGACAAACCAGUGGUGCCCCCUCGGCCCCUGCUCCCCUACCCUAAGCUGAAUUUAUUCUCCUACCCUGCCUGCUCCGACGGCGUAGGCCAGGCUGCGCCCGGAGCUGCUGAAGAUAAGGCUGGGAAUGUGCCGAGCGGGCGGCUUCUCCAGGAAUGUCUUUUCUGCUCCCCUUUGCACUCCCACCCCUCCCAGUGGCCCAGGACUCCAAUUCUGGUUGUAACUGGUCUGCAAGUUCUGGGGCCAAGCUGUAAGGGAAGGUUUGGGGGAUUUUUGGUUUCGUUUUGUUUUGUUUUGUUUACAUCUGGGACGAAGGCGUGUGUGUCCCUUUCUCUCUCUAGGCCUAGGGAAUGGAUUGGUCCUACCAUCCCUCUGUUUAACCCUUUAUUAUGAGAUUCCCUCCCUUCCCCCCAAUCUUUCCCCAUCGAUCAGGCUCCAUUGUCUGCUGAUUGGGAGCUCAGGGUACUAACACCUGGGAAAUAGGGACCCCGGGGCUGCCAGGCCAACUUCAAAGCUGCUUUCUUCCCUUUCCUUCCCCUCUAGUUGAAAUCUUCGGCUGUCUUCACUGAUGUGUUGUGGGUAGAGGGGGUCACUGGGAUGGGGUGUGACAUAGGUAGACAGACACUGACUGUCCACUUCUUUUGUAUAGACACCUUAGUCUGGGAUCUUUGUCUCUAGAGCGUAUGCUCAGUUGGUCACUAGAAUUUGAUUUCCCUUGGUAAUAACACAAGGGACAGAAAAAAAAGUCCCCCUUGCGGUUAUUCUCAGCUGUGGGAGCUCCCGAGUCAUCUCCUCACCCUGUCCCUUUUCUGCCCCUUCCAGAGGUACCACAAAAGAUCAGAAGGAGAAUUAAACCCAGAAGCCCCAUUCUUUAUACAUAUGUAACUUGGACUUAACGAAGGGUUUCUUUUGAAGCUGGUCCCUUUAGAAAGGUUGUUGGUCUUUUAGGAAGGGGGGAGUGGGCCCCACUAAGAUCAAUAUCCUAGGAGUGAGAGAGAGAAUGGAGUUGGGGGGAAAUCUUGAGCUUAGAGGAUGCAGAGAGAGGAACGGGGAGCUGAGAAAUCCAGGGGCUUGGAGCAGGGCUCCGCGCCCACCCCACCCCCACCCCCCAGACGCCCCUGCAGACUAUUUCUGCACCUCCACGAACUAAGCAGAAGCAGGAGGAGAAGGGAGAGAGGAGAGGUGGGCUGUGGGAGGGGAGAUUUCUCGCCUGCCGCUCGCGCUGGGGCUCGAUGUGAAUAUAUAUUAUGUCUGCCUGUUCUCCCCUCGUCGGUGGCUAAGGUCAGCCGCUCCCAACGGAUUCGGGAGGAGGGGGGCAGAAAGGGGAGGGGGGGUCCGGCGCCUCACGUGACCCCCGCGGGUGCCAAUGUCCGGUCGUGAGGGUAUCAGGCUCUUGCAAGUUGCCACCCACUGCCCGGGCCUCGCCCAGCGAUGCAGAAAGCCACCUACUACGACAACGCCGCGGCAGCACUCUUCGGAGGCUAUUCCUCGUACCCUGGCAGCAAUGGCUUCGGCUACGACGGUCCCCCCCAACCCCCCUUUCAGGCCGCCACGCACCUGGAGGGCGACUACCAGCGCUCGGCGUGCUCGCUGCAGUCCCUGGGCAACGCCGCCCCGCAUGCCAAGAGCAAGGAGCUCAACGGCAGCUGCAUGAGGCCCGGCCUGGCCCCCGAGCCCCUGCCCGCCCCGCCCGGCUCACCCCCGCCCAGCGCCGCACCUACCAGUACCACUAGCAACAGCAGUAAUGGGGGCGGGCCCAGCAAAAGCGGCACCCCCAAGUGCGUUCCCGGCUCCAACUCCACCCUCACCAAACAGAUAUUCCCCUGGAUGAAAGAGUCAAGGCAAACGUCCAAGCUGAAAAACGGCUCCCCCAGCACAGCGGAGGGCUGCGGCGGCGGCGGCAGUGGCGGCGGCAGUGGCAGCGGCGGGGGCGGCGGCGGCGGCGGCGGCGGCGGGGGAGGGGACAAGAGCCCCCCGGGGUCGGCGGCGUCCAAACGCGCGCGGACGGCGUACACGAGCGCGCAGCUGGUGGAGCUGGAGAAGGAGUUCCACUUCAACCGCUACCUGUGCCGGCCGCGCCGCGUGGAGAUGGCCAACCUGCUGAACCUCAGCGAGCGGCAGAUCAAGAUCUGGUUCCAGAACCGGCGCAUGAAGUACAAGAAGGACCAGAAGGCCAAGGGCCUGGCCUCGUCGUCCGGGGGCCCCUCCCCCGCCGGCAGCCCCCCGCAGCCCAUGCAGUCCACGGCCGGCUUCAUGAACGCCUUACACUCCCUGACCCCCAGCUACGAGAGCCCGUCCCCGCCCGCCUUCGGCAAAGCCCACCAGAAUGCCUACGCGCUGCCCUCCAACUACCAGCCCCCUCUCAAAGGCUGCGGCGCCCCGCAGAAGUACCCCCCGACCCCGGCGCCCGAUUACGAGCCUCACGUCCUCCAAGCCAAUGGGGGCGCCUAUGGGACGCCCACCAUGCAGGGCAGCCCCGUGUACGUGGGCGGGGGCGGCUACGCGGAUCCGCUGCCGCCCCCUGCCGGCCCCUCCCUCUACGGCCUCAACCACCUUUCCCACCACCCUUCGGGGAACCUGGACUACAAUGGGGCGCCCCCUAUGGCCCCCAACCAGCACCACGGACCCUGCGAUCCCCACCCUACCUACACAGACCUCUCCUCUCACCAUGCGCCUCCUCCUCAGGGUAGAAUCCAAGAAGCGCCCAAAUUAACACACCUGUGAUGGGAGAGGGAGGGCGGAGGGUC